GCAACUCUUCCAAACACAGAGAGUUGUCAUUUCCGGAGUAAGAUGGCCGCAGUUCGCGUACUGAGGACCUGGAGCCGGCGUGCGGGAAGGCUGAUUUGUGUUCACUACUUUGAAACAUGUAGUAAUAUUCAUGUUUUGAAGCCAAAAUAUGUGUGUUUCUUUGGUUAUCCUUCAUUCAAAUAUAGCCAUCCACAUCGGUUGCUGAAAACAACUGCUGCUCUACAAGGACAGAUUGUUCAAUUCAAGCUCUCAGACAUUGGAGAAGGGAUUAGAGAAGUAACUGUUAAAGAAUGGUAUGUAAAAGAAGGAGAUACAGUGUCUCAGUUUGAUAGCAUCUGUGAAGUUCAAAGUGAUAAAGCUUCUGUUACUAUCACCAGUCGUUAUGAUGGAGUCAUUAAAAAACUGUAUUAUAAUCUAGACGAUAUUGCCUAUGUGGGGAAGCCAUUAGUAGACAUAGAAACAGAAGCUUUUAAAGAUUCAGAAGAAGAUGUUGUUGAGACUCCUGCUGUGUCCCAUGAUGAACACACACACCAAGAGAUAAAGGGCCAAAAGACACUGGCAACUCCGGCAGUUCGCCGCCUUGCAAUGGAAAACAAUAUUAAGCUGAGUGAAGUUGUUGGUUCGGGAAAAGAUGGCAGAAUACUUAAAGAAGACAUUCUCAACUAUUUGGAAAAGCAGACAGGAGCUAUAUUACCUCCUUCACCAAAAGCUGAAAUUAUGUCAUCUCCACCCAAACCAAAAGACAGGACUAUUCCUACACCAAUAUCAAAACCCCUGGUAUUCACAGGCAAAGACAGAACAGAACCCAUAAAAGGCUUUCAGAAAGCAAUGGUCAAGACCAUGUCUGCAGCCCUGAAGAUACCUCACUUUGGGUAUUGUGAUGAGGUUGACCUUGUUGAACUGGUUAAGCUACGAGAAGAAUUACAGCCCAUUGCUUCUGCUCGAGGAAUUAAACUCUCCUUUCUGCCUUUCUUCUUAAAGGCUGCUUCCUUGGGAUUACUACAGUUUCCUAUCCUUAAUGCUUCUGUGGAUGAAAACUGCCAGAAUAUAACAUACAAGUCUUCUCAUAACAUUGGGAUAGCAAUGGAUACUGAGCAGGGGUUGAUCGUCCCCAAUGUGAAAAAUGUUCAGAUCUGUUCCAUAUUUGAGAUCGCCACUGAAUUGAACCGCCUCCAGAAAUUGGGCUCCGCGGGUCAGCUAAACACCACCGAUCUUAAAGGAGGAACAUUUACUCUUUCCAACAUUGGAUCAAUUGGUGGUACCUAUACCAAACCAGUGAUAUUGCCACCAGAAGUAGCAGUUGGGGCUCUUGGAUCAAUUAAGGCUCUUCCCCGAUUUAACCAGAAAGGAGAAGUAUAUAAGGCACAGAUAAUGAAUGUGAGUUGGUCAGCUGAUCACAGAAUUAUUGAUGGUGCUACAAUGUCACACUUCUCGAAUUUGUGGAAAUCCUACUUAGAAAACCCAGCACUUAUGCUACUAGAUCUGAAAUGAAGAUUGAUGACAUCUUUGAACUUUUUGAGCUUCCAAAGAAAAUAUAGAGCCUAGCUGUGCCAGUACAUGUUCAUUACAAUUUGUAUUAUAAAUUGAUUUGUAGUGUAUGAUUAAAACUCUAAAGCACAUA